GCAAUGCAACCAUGCGGUGUUUAAUGUCUAGAGUGUUUACGAACGCAGAAAAGGAGUCUUGCUAACUUAAAAAUUGAGCUUAUUUAUGUAGAUAUUGUCUUUAUACUACAAACAUGUUUAGAAGUAUACUUUCAUCCUAUAUCAACGGAAAUAGACAAGUUGUGUUUAUCAGAAAUUAUGGCAAGCACAACAAAAAAUUUCUGUACAAGGAUGGUGUCAAAAUAAACAAUAUAUUCUACUAUCCAAGGGAAAACGGACCUGAUCUUCCAAAUAUUGAAGAGCCGUCGAAGUUAUUUAGGGUUCGUCGAACAAAACCUGUUAAAGGGUGCCCCUAUUGGGAGAAACGAAUACUUCGUGAUCUUGGUCUUUAUGAGUCCAAUGCAGUGGCAGUAGUUAAGAACAUUCCAGAGAACAACGCUCGCCUCUGGAAGGUAAAACAUUUGAUUGAAGUGUUACCGAUAAAAUUCCCGCACGGUGAACCCACGGCGGCCGAUAUAAAUUAUACAUUUCUCAAGGAAGAUGGUAACUGUGUUGUCAUCAAGGAACUACAAACACGCAACAUCCGCGAUGAGCGAAUGGAUGCAGCCGUCAAGUUCACCAAGGUUGAGAAAAGAAUGGAUGGAGAAACACUAAGAAAAGAUUCUCGACUCAAAUGGCUCAAUCCGUGGUAGUAACUCCGUUGGUGCAUUUAGUAGAUCUUCAAAUAAAAUUUGUUGGUGAACUCUGCCAAAGCUUUUA